AUGUCCGCGGAGUUGGCGCUGACCUUCCGGCCGGACACCCACCUGACGGAGGUGAUGCGCCUGCGGGUCCAGUCCCUGCAGCAGCGGGGCCAGAGGGGGCAGGACGGCGAGCGCCUGCUGGGUCCCAACGAGGCCGUGUACCGGCUGGACUUCCCCGGGCAGGCGCUCGGCUUCUCGCGGUGGUCGGCGGGGCCGGUCCAGGCGGGGCGCCUCAGCAUCACGGCCACCUCGCAGCUGUGGACGCCGGACCUCACCAACCUGAUGACGCGGCAGCUGCUGGAGCCCGUGGGGGUUUUCUGGAGGGCGCCGGGCGACUCGGGCGACGCCCCCGUCCGCUGCUACGAGGCCGACGCGCACGAGCUCGGCGAGCGCAUCGCCGAGUCGGCCAGGGUGAGGAAGGUGAUGUACUUCCUGUUUGCGUUCGCGGACGGCUGCGGCCCUCAGGCGGUCGACUGCUCCAUCGCCUUCACGGUGGAUCGCUGAGGCCUUGGACUUAAAAAACCUCCUCUUUUUGAUUUGCUUGCGCAAAGAAAUCCUUCAUUGUCGCAUCAUCCGACGCCUCGGAAUGGGACGAGGCAACCCCCCCCCCCCCCACCCUCCUCCUUUGCUUUCGUUACUGAGCCUG